UAAGUCAUAGCGAAUGUUAUAUGCAUCAGACGAAAUAUUCAUACAACAUGAAAGUUUAAAAAUUGAUAUGAACGCGUUUUAUUUGGAUGUAAUUUAUGUAGAUAUGUGAUAAAUGCAUAUUAUUAACUCGGAGUAGUGUCAUUAUCUUCGUCAUCGAUAUUGACGAUACGCAGUUUCUUUCACAGUUGGGCCAUGGAAACUCUAAGAUGAUAAAGUCACAAUGGCAGUUUCAACACCCUGGACAUCGCCCGCCGCACCCAACACAAGCGUGACAGUCCAUCCGGCAAGCCUUGCGAAGCAUCCGCAAAUCUGGUCAAAAAGCGAGGUCGCAGUUUGGUUACGUUGGUGCACUGAAGAGUACUCAAUAGAACCUGUCCCUCCGGAACACUUUGAUCUCAAUGGGAAGGCUUUGUGUCUAUUAACGAAGGCAGAUUUUGUCGAACGUGUACCGAAGAAUGGAGAUGUGUUGUACAACAGCCUUAUGAAGUUGACGUCCAAACACCACACAGAUAAAGGAAGUCUGAUUAACCCAUCCUCAGUAUCAACCACAAAGGGAAUCCAAGAUUCUUCAUCUUCUCAGGUUUGCGACUCGGUGGGAGCCAAUGUCUUGAUCCUCCCUCAGUCUUCCGCCUCGCUCCAGCAAUCUUCACUCACAGCUGGCUGCUCCACUAAGAAUUUUGUUCCAAUUCGACCACAUCCUCACCCUCUCUUACACGCACCUACACCAUUGACAGGGUCUUUUAAUGAUUCUGUGAUAUACCAGCGUGGCUAUCAACUUGAUCCACUUGUGCGACUAGAGCAAUCCUCAGAUUGUCGCCUGCUGUGGGAGUUUAUCUACCAGCUCCUGUCCAACAACAAAUACAGCAGUUACGUAAGCUGGGAGAGUCACCCAGAUUAUGUCUUCCGCAUCAACAAUCCGACAGGCUUAGCCGAUCUAUGGGGACAACAAAAGAACAGAACAAACAUGACCUACGAGAAAUUAUCAAGAGCGCUCCGAUAUUACUACAGAAUGAAUAUCAUCAAAAAGGUGCCGGGGAAGAGGCUUACGUACAGGUUUUUACAGUCUCCUUCAAAGAUUCAAAAGGGUCAACGAGGAGCCAAACCACAAUAUAGACUACAGAUGGAGUUCAGCGGGACGGACAGGGGAGAAGUACCCGCACAAUCAUCAGCCCCUGCUUCUAUCAAAACUGACCGAGCUGAUAGUUCGGAUGUCAGUGAACAUUCAUCUCUGUCCUGGCCAGAAGAAGUACGUGAUGAAAGUGACAUUGAGGCUGAAACUGCGGACACCGUAGAGACAGUAACGCGAGAAAAUGGUGGAUCUCCGGAAUGCUCAAAUGGAACAAAUCGAGGAAAUGGAAGUAGGUUUGAAGAUGUGACAGAAAAUGAACCAAAGUCUCAGACAUCAACGUUGUUACCUGAACGCAGAAAUGCAGAGUCUGUUAGACAUGAAAGUUUUAAAACUUUGUCACCAAGCAUAGAACACAACAGAAAUAGAUUGUUAAUGGCGGGUCAUACGGGCCGGUCUUCUCCUUACCAAAAGGAUAUAAUCUCGAUUUCACCUUUCCAUCAAAACGGACCUCAGUUGUUGUUUACAAACAAUGCUUUUGAAGCGUACACAGACAAAAUCUCGCAGAUUCAACAAAGACAAUCCCCACUAUAUCAUGGUGCCUCUACAUAUCCAUACAGAACAGAGACACAUCAUGAACAUAUGCGCCAACCUUUCUCAUAUAACAACAUGCUUACUAGAACAAGAUUCGGAUUGGGGCGUGCCCCGUCUCUUGAUUCGGCUACAAGUUGCCUGUGUGCUCCAAAGCCAGUAAGGCCUGGUCAGCCUCGGUCUAUCAGUCCCAGGUUCAUAGAACAAACAGAACCAGAGGAUCUUUCAAUGCGAUCUCAUUCUAAUUCUAAUAAAGCGUCACCGUCUGCUACAUACGUUCCAAAUUCGAACGUUUUCAAUCAGUAGUCCAGUUGUGCCUUCAAGUUUAUUAAUACGUAAUGCAAAACUCUACUGGUAUGUUCACUUGUACGCGUUGAAUUCUUUGUGUUUGCUAUGUCAUCUGAGAAUUAUUGUACCUUAAAAGUUUUAUCGGUCUAGCCAAUUUACGUAUUAAAAUUGUGUGAACUAAGAAUGUCACAAAGAUAAUUAUGAACAUGGCUCUGCAAUACGACUUUGCAUAAAAAAACACUACAAUGAUAAACACGAGUCGUUCAAUGUGAUUGAUAUGAAGUUAACAACAACAAUUACCUGAACAAUAUCACAAUAAAGGAGACUAAAUUGGGUUGUCACAUAUACGACGUAUAAAGAAAUCCUUCGUUAAAGAAUAAUACAUAAAACUUGAAGAUAUACGUGCACACAAAGCGUCGCGUAUAUGCACACAUAACCACGCGUAUAUGAAUAAUUAAUGAUUGUUGUAAAGAGAUCGUAAAAGACUAAUUGUACAUGUGAUCUACUGUUUGAGUACAGCGUCAUCCAUACAUAUUUGAUUUUAUAUAAAUUAACCGCGUGAAGUCAGUGUCAAGGGCAUACUUUAAUUGGGUGAUCUACGUCGUACAUGGAUGAAUUGGAUCGUGCAAGGUGAACGUCUUCCGUCUAUAACGGAAUGUUAUACUAUGAACGCACAUCCACCGAAUACAGCGGCCCGUUUACAUACGAUAGUCGGUCAGCAACGACAUUUACGGCCAGCUACAACUCCUUUAUGUACGGGUAACUACACGUACACGUAUAAAUACAAGUAGUGUUUUGCAACCUCUUUUUGCCACACAAACCCUCUAUUCUUUGCAUUAUGCAGAAUGUUUUUAUCAAUAUAUAUAUACAUCGUUUUCACAUUACAAUACCGUUGAUUCUAUGAAGGAUUUACUGUCGCAUACAAAGUGCUGUAACUUUUUCACCUCUAUUGAAGCUUUUUUAUUCCAUAUGUUUGGUUGUUGCUCAAGGCUUUAUUCAUUUCAUUUGUACAUUUUCACUUUCAUAAAGUGUUUUGUCUGAAUAUGAUUUUGAAACCAA